UAAAGAGUGAAACACAGGCGUCUAAAAGGUACUUUACUUGCGUGUACCCAAAAAGCAUGGAAGGUAGAGAGAAUCUAGAAAAUGUGAAAACAAAUGUCCCCAUAUCUUUCACAUCCUUAAAAUCCCCAUAAAAAAAUAAUAUAGUAAUAAUAAAUACAGAAUAGGAAAGCGAAGUGAUAGAUAUCUUGGAAACCAAAGCUCAAGCAAAGUAUAUCAGCGAGACCACGAGUUGACAAAUUCCAAGAUGGGAAUUUUAAUGGAGCUGCAGUUGAGUUCAAGGGUUUUCUGUGAAUUUGAGCUCAAGUUUUGAUAUGGGGAGGUAGAGGAUACUGAUAUAUACAAAAGUGGAGGAACAAAACCAAUUGCUUCUCUUUCCUUGAUUUGUGCUGCUGGAAUCGCAGGCUUGUGUCUGGAAGGCUUUGAAGAAAACUGGAUUUCAGAUUAUCAAUUUAUCUGGAAUACCUAAUUUAGAAGAAAGGUCUCGUGGAAUUUCAAUCUUUGCAGGAAUGGGAACUGAAUUUCUGUACAAGAUGUAUAUACCGGGAUAUAAUUCUACGAAGGAUCUAGAUGAAAGUAGUGGGAAUGGUAGCUGGCCUUCACGUCAUGAAAACAAAGCCUUUGAGCAGCACCAUGGCGUGUUUGCUGCAAAGCCAGAAAUAUAUAGAUACUCUGGAUAUGACAAGGAACACUUGAGGCAAACCAUAUUGAGGCAAGAAAACACAUUCAGACAUCAGGUUCAUGAACUGCAUCGGCUUCACAAAAUACAAAUGGACAUAAUGAAUGAAGUCCGAAGCAAAGAAUCAGUCAUAUGCCUUGAUCGAAUGGGAACAUUUCAAUCAAAUCCUUUUGCCUUUACACCUGAAGGGGAUGGAAGGAGGUGGCAUAAUUCUGGUCUGCCUUUGGUGGCAAUGAAUUGUCAUAUACCAUCUGCUUCAGGUGCUGAUAGUGUCCAAUCACAUUUUAGUUCCAUUAAUUUGCAGAACAUGCAAUCUGGAUGUGGUUCUACGCACGAUGGAUCCAGGAUUAAGUAUGAUGUAUCUCUUGAAUACAAUCACAAGAAGCUUCAGAGGAAGUUGUUUGACCUUGAACUACCAGCUGAAAAAUACAUAAAUGAUGCAGAGGAAGAAAAGGAGGCAUUUGGUGGGUCAGGGUUGGAAUCUGACCCUCCAAAUUGGAAUUGUAUGGCUACCUGUGAGAAAAAUGGCAACAUGUCCACCUUGAGUAGUGUUCACUCUAGUUGCAAUGGUGAUACUUUUAGUUCCAAUACAGGGAGGACCCGAGGUUUUACAGAUUUGAAUGAACCUUUCCAGGUUGAGGAAACAUAUGAUAUAACUCCUUUCGAUACUCUAGGCAAGGUUACCUACUCGAAAGAAGAGAUACAGGGGCGGGAUUUAUCUGCAAAUUCAUGCUCAGGCUUCCAAUCUUUGGCAAAGGAAGUUUCUCAAAGACCCUGUAAAGAAAAAAAGGAGGGACUCAGCCAACGAACUAUGCUUUUAGAUAAUGAAUGGGAAAACAAAGGCAGACCACCUUUUAACUUAAAAGCUGGCCAAAUAAGCACCGGAACUCUGAAUAGUAGUUUUUAUGGAGAGUAUUUGCCUACACAAAGUGAAUCAUCGCAUGUUGGCUGCAUGAAUGCCCAUGUGCCUGAUCAGAAUAAACCAGAACAAUUGAAAAAGAAGACAAUAUUUGGUGUUGAAAUCUCUGAAAGAAAUCAUAAUGCAUCUGUUAUGACUUCAGAUGCACUUCCGCGGCCACCUGCUCCUCAAUCUAAUGUAGUCAAUUCUGAGUCAUCCUCCAUUUCAUCUUGGAAGAGGCCUCCGGCUAGCUUGAAACAGAAUGCAAUAUUUGUUCAGGGAAACCCUUGCUUUAAUACCUUUCCUGAAUCAAAUAAGAGUUCAACCACAUUGUUGCAUUGCCAUGAAGUUUCUGCAGAUGGGUCGAUUGUUAAUGAAAAAGUGGAUUUUAUCCCAAAACCAGGAGUUGAAUUGUCCUACAAAAAUGACAUCUCCCUCAUUUCUCAGUUGGAGUCCAAGGCAUCGGCUGGUCACUUGAAUGGACACAGUGAUAGUAAUUCUGCUUUUGAACAAGUUCCUAAACAUAAUCCUCCAAAUAACUCUAGGGGUUCAGGCUGGUCUGAGAAUAUAAAAUCUGCGGAGGAAGUAAACCUCAAUGCAGUACCUCCAAAAAGUUACCCAAUUGAAGCAAUUUCUGAUUCAAAUCUUAUUUCCAUUGGUAUUCCAAGGAUGGAAGAAACUCCACAAGGAGCAUUGUCAUGGAUGAAAACUAUUUCACAUUGUAAUGGAAAAUCUUCUGGUGAAAUGUCUGAUUCUCAUAAGGUGAAUUGGGAUUCGUUGCAAAGAAAAUAUGCUGAGCAAUUUGCUUGCAAUGGUGGAACAAUGAAGGGCCUCCAUCAAAACAUUGUUCAGGAUUCAUCAUCAGCAACAAAUGUGCAUGAUGCUGAAGAAAAGAGAAUUGGAGGUGAUUGUUCAAGCAAUAGGAAGAUUCUUGGUGUUCCCAUUUUUGAAAAGCCCAUUUCCAAAGAACUACCUUCUGCCAGCUCUGGCCUGAAGCCUGGUUUUUGUGUUUCAGAGACUAAUGAUGCUAACUCUAUUAAAGGCGGGAUACUUCAUACUGAUCUGAAUCAGGAUCCUAUGGAAUCUGAAUCCGUGGAGAUCCUAAACACAAACAGUUUAAAUGUGGCGAAGUGUUCAGUUGAUUGUAGAGCUGAUUUAAGACAUUCAAUUGAUUUGAAUGUGAGUGUGACUGAAGAAGAGGCUCAAGCUCCAAGAAACAAGGCCAGUAUUGCAAUUCAGAUAGAUUUGGAGGCGCCAAUUGUCCUUGAAAACAACAUGGACAUCGUGUCUGGAGAUGGAUUUCCGGAAAGCAAAUUUAAAGAACCAUUUCAGUCCAUAACAGAUGAAUCCAAGGACUUUCAUGAAGGCUUUUUGAUAGCUGCAGCUGAGGCUUUAGUGGACAUGUCACUGUCUGGUGUGCACCAGUUUCAAGAUGAUGCUCCGUGCCAUAUAUUGGAAGCUGAAGUGAAUAAUUCUCUUCAGUUGUUUGCAGAGAUAAUUUCUUCUUACAAGGGAUACAUUGAGAAUGAUGUUGGAUCACUUUCAGUGCACAAGGGUAAUAAUGAUUGUGAAGAUUCAAUACCAGACGAGGUUGAUUUUUUUGAGUAUAUGACCUUAAAUUUAACUGAAACCAUGGUAGAAGAUCAUGAUUGUGAACCUAUGGUUUUGGAAAACACAAAAGAUGAAACAUCAUUGCCAAGACGUCCUAGGAGAGGUCAGGCCAGGAGAGGAAGGCAGCGGAAGGACUUUCAAAGAGAUGUACUUCCUGGUCUUGUCUCUUUGUCCAGGAAUGAUGUGGCUGAGGAUCUUCAGAUGAUUGAAGGUCUGAUAAUAGCAACCGGUGGCACUUGGCAGUCAGUUUUGUCUCAGAGAAACUCCCCUAAGAGCAAGGCAGGAAGGGGGAGAAAGCGUGCAGCGAGUUCUGCUGCCUUUCCAACAGUAACUGCAGUGAGUCCACCGCAAGCUCAGCAGCCAAAUUGUGGAGAACUGGGACUUGAAGUAACAGGAUGGGGAAAGAGGACAAGGCGUCCUCCACGGCAGAGAUAUCCUUCCAAUAACCCUUUACCACACCAAUAGCUAGAGAGCAGGUCAUUUAAAUUCAGAAAUGAAUUGUCAUGGCCUUACCUGCCAAUAUUAUUCAUGCCAAGGUGAUUCAUUUUGUGUACUUGCCUUGUAUUUUCUGAAUCUGUACUUUGAACUUGUAUGAAUCAGGACACUUGUGGCUUCAGCUUCUUCCUCCUUGUUUUGGCAGAUCAAGAAAUCUUGAUGUUGAGACUUGCUUCAA